AUGCGCGAAGUCAACUUUAGCAUCCCUAAUGUGAACAAGGCCUCGGUCAACAUCACCACUACCCUUUACGACCGGCGGGCCUUGGAUUGCACAUCAACACUACCGCUCAUCAACUCGCUCAACCAUCUUGCAUACCUCACCACCUCAUCGGCGCGGAUUCGAGACAUCCUCACGGUCGAUGGCGGGAUUGAACGAUUGGUGUGCAUCCUCAAGGAGGGUCGGAGCAAGGAUCUGAUGGAAAUGUGGAAAUGGAGCCUCGCCUUUCAAUGUGUCGUCAACAUUGGAGUCCGUGGCUCUGAGAGUGUCCGAACGAGGGUUGUGGAAGCCGAUAUGGUUCCCGUGAUUGCCACUAUCCUGGACAAUUACAUCAAGGUGGUUGACAAAGUGCGAUCGCGUGCCGACCCCGAGCUUCAAAAGCAUUCGUCUUCUUCCCGACAUGCCAAACCGGGUGUGAGCCGAGAUAUCCCUGGGCGGACGGCUGCCUUGGAUCCCAACUCACACGCCGAAUCACGCCACUCCCGCCGACAGGCUCCUCCUGCUAAUAUCGAAAUCCCGCAGCCUUUUGAGCAGGAUAAUCAACCCACAGACUCCGAUGCCAUGGAUAUUACAUCUCCUCCCCGUGUGCCUAUGACCUCGCCGCCGGAACGAAGCACCUUUGGUCAGGAAGCCCAUACUCACCGGUCCAAUGAUGGACGCCACCCACGUGCCAGCCAUCGCCUUCGGACCAUGCAGCCUCUGGCCACCGCUGUGCCUCCUAUGGACGCCGCCGAUGGCUUUGGGCUGCGACCCGUGCGCGACACGGAGCGUAUUCCCAGCAUGCUUCCCAGCCUGCAGACUGGGAUCAUCUCACAGCCUGACUCUCCAACAACCCCAAGUGGGCCUCUUCAAUCUCAAUCUCGAAGUGUUCCCCAGACAACUGCCCCGAGACAACGCCCUGCACUCCAACAGCAACAAUCCGCGUCGGGUGAAUCGGACGAUGCCAACGGGGAGGACUCGGCAAUGGGAGAUGACAAUGUCUUGGGACAAACCACCGAGCCCAUCGUGGGGCUCCCGAACCGGAUGGAGAUUGAUGAUGUUGGCGAGCAGCAGACGACCAUGCUGGAUGACGUCUCGACCACCCAUGGCCUGACGGUCACUGAUCCGUCCGAAGAGAGCCAGGAGGCAGAGACAUUUAACAUCACGCAUCGCUCUGCGGUCGAUGGCAGCAUCAUCAACAAUGGCAACACUCAAACCAACGGCGGAUUGGGUCUCUCUCCGACCCAAGCACCCAACAACACGAAUUCCCCCACCCUCGCACCGAGUCCCUACGCUCUGUACCUUCGCGAGCGCAGUGCACCCCCAACCCAAGGCGUCUUGACCACUAUGCCUCGUGACGAGGAUGUCUUGAUGUCUCUGCAGCUGUUGGCAUACGUCUCCAAAUACUGCAACCUCCGAUCCUACUUUCAGCAGUCUCACCUCGUCCCGAAACUCAAGAUUGACCGCGAACUCCACCUCCUGGACGACACCGCCGACCCUUUAUCUCCCGUGGAAGCACCUGAGGAGGAAGACGAGUAUCUCUUGCCGGAUGAUGUCAACAUUUUCCCCCUGGUUGAAAAAUUCACUGUUCGACACCACUCGAAGGACAUGCAGUACUGGGCGUGCGUAGUCAUGCGGAAUCUUUGCCGCAAGGAUGAGUCGCGAGGCGGGAUUCGGCAGUGUGCGUACUACAAGUGUGGAAAGUGGGAGGAGUUCCAGCGCCAGUUCGCCAAGUGCCGCCGUUGCCGCCGUACCAAAUACUGCAGCAAAGAUUGCCAGAAGGCGGCGUGGGUAUACCACCGCCACUGGUGCCACACGACCCCUUGA